AUGGUUGAAAUGACAUUUGCACUUUAUUCAGAGAAUUUACGUCUGGUUCACGAGACAAUCAACCAAUUUAAAACCAAAAGUACUGUCCGCUUACUUGUCAUAUCAAAACAGCAAUCAAUAGAAAAAAUUCAAUUCAUUUACUCGCUAGGCGAAAAAUGUUUUGGAGAAAAUUAUGUCCAAGAGCUUUUACGAAAAGCUCCUCAGUUACCUUCGGAUAUACAAUGGACUUUUGUCGGUUCAUUGCAAAAAAAUAAAUGUAAAGCAUUGUUGAAAUUAAAAAACCUUCAACGUAUUUCGACGCUUGAUUCUAUAGAGUUAGUUUGCAGAAUUCAAAAUAUUUGUGAAAAGACCAACAGGACAGUAGAAAUUAUGAUCCAAGUAAAAGUUUUUGAUGAAAUGUCAAAGCGGGGUAUAAUGGUCGAUGAUGUCAAACAUCUUACUGAAUAUGUCAUUUAUUCGUGUAAAAAUUUAAUAUUCAAAGGUUUUUUCGUUAUAGCUCCCACUAACGGUACCGAAAAAACUAUAAGUGAAUGUUUUCAAAAGGUGUUAGACUUACGUCAAACAGCUUUGUUACACUGGGAUUCCUUUAAGAAUGCUGCUUGUUUUGAGAUAUCUAUGGGAAAAUUUUCGGCUCACGAUAAUUUUUUUUUGUUCUACAUUCAAAUUGGAAAAACAUACCACAAUGCAAAAAUUUUUGACUUACCCGCAAAAUAAAAUUGGGUUUGUGGUUCGGCAUAUAUUCAAAUCAUGUUUUGUUUCUUCUGCGAUUCGUUAAAAUAUCAGUUUCAUUUAAACUAUUAAAACUUUUUUACGACUUUUGAACUUAAAAAUUUUUCUUUAUUAAAAAAAUAAAGCAAAAUAUUCCAUAUACAUUUAUAUCUUAUCAUUUUAGCAAUCAAUUUUUUUAUUUAUUUAAAAAAAAUUGUAAUAAUCGUUUCAAUUUCGCUUUAUUUCAAUAGACGGUUUAAGAAAGUUUAUUUUAAAAGUUUCGGUGUAAUUUGCAUCAGAAACUUUGAAUGGAUCUACUCUUACAUUGAAGACAUGAGCCUGAGCCAUCCCCUUUUUAUUAGACUAUAGACCAUAAAGACCGUGUCGACCACUGGACAAAUUAAACGGAUGAAGGUCUCACCCAUAAUUUUAAGGACGGGAUUUUCAUUUAAAAGGGUUUCUAGUCAAACGCGUACUUUAAGUUAACUGUAGUCUAAAACCAUGUAAUACUGGUGCAUUGCUUAGGCAACAAAAAAGUACUCAGUUUCGUUCUGUACAUCCUUUAGCGAUUGUUUGUAAAACCAACCUUUGGGCUACGAAAAGAUACGUCAUGUAAUAACAGUUUCCGUGUAUUUGAUAAUUUACUAAAACGCAUUACAAAAAAUUGUGGUCGUUUUUGAUGAUUCACUUUUUUUAUUCCAAACCCUGUUUCAAAUCGUGAACUAUUUUGAUUCAUGCAGCAGAAAAUAACACAA